AUGUCGCAAGUCGAGACGGUAUCCGCCUUCGUGGAGGGAGCUCCUCCCGGCGAGCUCGCCGAUGUCAUUGCCGACAUCAAAGCCUUGACGGUUUCUUCUCCAGACAUUGUAUCCGAACUCACUCCCGCCUUUGAGAAAUACAACGAAGAACAACUGGUCACCGUAAAGCUGCCUGGCAGCAGCCAACCGGUCAUCAUCAGUUCACACAACGCCCUCGGCCACGGACGAUACUACGACAAAGCUAGCGCUGUGCAAAGCCAUGUGAUUGAAGGGCCUCAAGUCGACCUAGUUAAAUCGACACUGAAAAGCCUUGGAGCAUAUGUCAAGGAGCACUUUCCGAACGCGUCAUACGGGACGUAUCCCAUUGAAACCGACUCCAAAGUAGCUAUUAUUAUUGUGGCCAACAAGUACAGCCCAAACAACUUUUGGAAUGGACGAUGGCGAUCACUAUACGUAUUUGAUCCAGCUUCCGGAAGCCUGGAAGGCUCCAUCAAGGUCGACGUCCAUUACUACGAAGAUGGCAACGUCCGCCUGCUUACCAACAAGCCAGUCACGGCUUCCAUUCCCUCUGGGACUGGCGCCGGAAUUGCCAAAGAAAUUUCAGCAACGGAGAAGAAGUACCAGGAGGAGCUGAACAAGAGCUUUGUCAGCUUGAGUGAAGGCGCGUUCAAGGGACUACGGAGACAGUUGCCAGUAACAAGACAAAAGAUUGAAUGGGACAAAGUGACGAGCUACAGGCUGGGACAGGAUAUUGGCGGGGGCAAUUCUAAGCGAUAG